AUGCUCAGGCUAAAUGUCUAUUGUUCUCUAGUUCCAAGCACAAGACAAGUCAAUAAUAUUGGAGGCAACUAUGGCUCCUGGUUUAUUAAGUAUGACAGAGCCCAGGACUUAACUCAAAGGAUUACCGUCAAGGCCCUGAAAGAUGAGAUGGAUGGAGGCACCAGUCGAUUACCUGGUCGGAGCUGGGAUCCUGGGUUGGAAAUCGAGGUCCCUUUUGAACAAAGGCCGGUGAAUGAGUACUCAUCCCUCAAAGAUGGAGCUUUAUACUCGUGGGGCGAACUGAGUCCAGGUUCCUUUUUUGGACGACUAGGAGGCCUCUGGCUAGUCACUUUCACCACACUGGGGGUGCCAAUUGCCGCUGCAAGCUUUAAUCCUUCCAAGGAACCUUUACGAUUUGCGCUAGCUGCUGGAACAGGAACUCUUUUUCUUGUAGCGCUAAUUGUCCUGAGGAUUUAUCUGGGAUGGAGUUACGUCGGUGAUAGGCUUUUAUCAGCAGUAAUACCUUAUGAAGAGAGUGGAUGGUAUGAUGGACAAAUGUGGGUAAAGCCACCUGAGAUCCUGGCACGUGAUAGAUUGUUGGGCUCAUAUAAGGUCAAACCAGUGAUCAAAUUGCUGAAACAAACACUAGUUGGAACGGGGAUUCUACUAGUUACAGCAGUCUUCUUAUUUAGCUUUGCUACGCCGGUGGAAGAUUUCGUUCGUAACAGUUUUUCCAUAAAAGAGAACAAUGUUUCAGCUUCAAAGAUCAGCAAUAAGUUCAACAUAAGAAAGGAGGAGCUACUAAAAUUGCCUGGUGAAGUAAAGGCUGAUGAUGAUCUCGCGGCAGCUGCAGCUGAGGCUGCUGAUGGAAGGCCAGUCUACUGCAGAGAUAGGUUCUAUCGCGCAUUGGCUGGUGGGCAGUACUGCAAAUGGGAGGAUCUACUUAAGUAA